CAUAACUCCAAAAUCUCAUCAAAACAAUGGAUUUACAAAGCAACAAUGAGAAUCAGAAUUCAGCAAGCACAAGCUCAAAUCUUGAAGUUGAUGAAGAUACUGCUAUGUGUGAUUCCAUGGUGGUUGGUGGUGAUAAGACUAGUGCUGAUUAUUAUUUUGACUCAUACUCUCAUUUUGGUAUUCACGAAGAGAUGUUGAAGGAUGCGGUAAGAACUAAGACCUACCAAAAUGUAAUCUAUAAAAAUUCCUUUCUUUUCAAGGAUAAAGUGGUCCUUGAUGUGGGAGCUGGGACAGGAAUCCUGUCACUCUUUUGCGCAAAAGUUGGUGCCAAACAUGUUUAUGCGAUUGAAUGCUCCAGUAUGGCUGACAUGGCACAAGAGAUUGUAAAACAGAAUGGAUUUUCCGAUAUUAUAACAGUUAUCAAGGGAAAGGUAGAGGAGAUUGACCUACCCGUUCCACAAGUAGAUAUAAUAAUCUCUGAGUGGAUGGGAUACUUUCUGCUGUAUGAGAACAUGUUAGAUACAGUCUUAUAUGCUCGUGACAAGUGGCUGGUAAAGGAUGGUCUUGUUCUGCCGGAUAAAGCUUCUCUAUGUUUGACAGCUAUUGAAGAUGCUGACUACAAGGAAGAUAAGAUUGAAUUUUGGAAUAGUGUGUACGGUUUCGACAUGAGCUGCAUCCGGAAGCAAGCUAUGAUGGAACCGCUCGUUGACACAGUAGAUCAAAAUCAGAUUGUUACAAACUGCCAGUUACUGAAGACAAUGGACAUUUCUAAGAUGACUUCUGGGGAUGCUUCCUUCACGGCUCCAUUUAAGCUUAUUGCAGAACGUGACGAUUACAUCCAUGCCCUUGUAGCAUACUUUGAUGUCUCUUUCACCAAGUGUCACAAGUUGAUGGGCUUCUCAACAGGACCAAAAUCUCGAGGCACACAUUGGAAGCAGACAGUUCUCUACCUGGAAGAUGUGAUUUCUGUUUGCCAAGGGGAAGCUGUAGAGGGCAGCAUGACUGUGGCUCCUAACAAGAAAAAUCCUCGAGAUGUCGAUAUAAUGCUCAAAUACUCUGUAAAUGGUCGGCACUGUCGCGUUUCAAGAACUCAGUAUUAUCGGAUGCGAUGAUGCAUUAAA